AGACCAAUCUCGUACCCAGGGUCCCACGCGCACGUCACAUUUAUCAAAACACUGCCCUGGGUUCGAGAUUGUUUUAUACCCGGAAGUAAUCUGCAGUAAAAUACCGGGAACUUGAGCUUCACUACGUAAUCGGCCUAACGUUCAACUUGUUGCAUGAUUUGGCGACCAUUUUGACUUUUGCGACCAUUUCGUUGUCUUCCUGACCUGACAGUGGUGUCCGUAUUGUCAUAAGUCGUGCUCCGGAGGGACAAAAGGUUCCUGAAAACCAGAGACAGCAAAUCAACCCAAGUCUGCCCUAACAUGCAUGAUGGCGGAUGCGUCGAACACAAGUGUCGUCAUCGGGCCACUAAAACUAAUCGACUACACUAGGAAGGAAAAGCGGCUGGUUAUGCUGAUGUGUACAGGGGAAGGUGACUGGUGCAGUGCUCCAGGUGGCUGCCGUAUCCGUGUCUUUAAGUGCCCAGCUGCAGCGCCUUUUGGUAAAGAGACGUCAGACAAGAUCAAACCGAGUCUUCUGCUGCAUGAUUACGUCAUCACCCCGGCCACCGCUGUCAACGUGGAGAAAAUCAAGAGGAAUCAUGGGAAAGUCAAGCUGGUGGUAACUUUUCGUGUGAAUGAAAACGACGUUCUGGGCACAUCUGGAUACGAGGAGCUUGUGUUCAAGGACCAAAGUAAAGCUACCACAAGCCAUGUCGCAGAACUAGAGUCUUUUCUUUUUCAAGGACCGUACGAAGAUAUGCGUCAGUUCAAUGUUGAGAUCAGCCCUCACCAGAUCAUCCCGGAAGGUCCGGCUCGGUUCAACAUCUUCCGCACUCACAUCAGCGUCGUCAAGAGGUUCACAACAGAAAGACAGAAGGAAAACAGCAUGGAGAAAGUUCUGAAGACCGUAAGGAAGGGAAAGAUCCAGCGACUUCCCUUAGUCGUGAGACUGGCUAACCUAAGGAGCUACAGCUCGCUGCCGGUAGGGUUUCGUUUCGACACGAAGCAAAGAAAAACCUACUUUUUCAAGUGCUGCAGCUGCAAAGACGGGGAGGAUAUGAACGCCCAGAUAAAGCUCGCCAUGGGCUCACAACCCUCCAUUCGCAGUGUCCCUCCAAAGAGGCUAAACCCUCCAAAACCACCCCCAGACAAACCUGGGCCAACUGAACCAACCUAUGUGAACGAAUGGGAGGCCAGGAGGUGUGAGGAAGACAUACAUGGGGGUAUCAAGUUGAACGUUGGUGUUUUUGCCGCCAAGCCACAGCCAGGACAGCCCUGGAUCCUGUAUGUCUGCAUCGGCCGCCAGGGGGCGUCUCUACAGGACGUGAAGCAGUGUUUCCCCGGGCGGGAGAUGGUGUGUCCUUCCCGCGUGUUCCAAGUGGUGUCGGACCUGUCCAUCAACACGGAGCUUCCCGAGGGAUGGAGCACCGAUAACGUCGUCAAGGAGGUCCCAAAGGAUCAGUUCUCUGUCCUGGAGGACCCGUUUAUCCACGAGAUCUGCAUUCAGCACAGGAAUCACGGCAAGAAACAGUUUCACGGACGGAUCUACAUCCGUCAGGGUCUGAGCGAGACUCUCAGAAUCACACUGAAUGUCAUCACCAACUUUACCCUCUACGAACGAGUUGGGAGGAAGCGGAACGAGCCACUGUACGAUCUCGUUCCCAGAGAUCGACCCGUGUCAUCAGGAGACUCGUCCCCAGCGUGGCUCCGACUGUUCUCUGAGAGGAAGAAACUCUGGGACAGCCUGGACAUCCCCAAUCUCUUCGGAGACGACUGGAGAUUGUUUGCAGAGAAAAUUGGGCUGGACUAUCAGGCUAUCGUGACCAUAGAAAACCACUCCCACGAACACGGCACCUCCCCGACAGAGCUGGUGUUGCGUGAGUGGGAGAGAGGCAGGACGGCCGUGCCUGUCAGUGACGAGGCGCUGGUUCAGAUUCUACACGACAUGGGCAGGCCUGACGUCAUCCAGGACAUGGCGCUACAGGUUCCGAGGCUGGAAGACUUCCGAGUAGAAGCUACGACACCCAACACCAUACACGUGACUUGGACACCUGCCAGCGAUGACAUUACACACUACGUCAUUGAAAUCAAACCCUCCGGCUCCGGGUGCGCCCCCUGGUCAAGCCACCACAGACAAGGGAACUGCAGGAGUCUGGUUUUCCGCGAUCUGAGGCCUGAUACUGAGUACGACCUGCGCAUCCAGCCCUCCAUUCAGAGAGUCAAUGGAGAAUGGACAAACAUCACUGCGAAAACAGACGUAGCCUGUACAGAACUCUAGAAAUCUCUAUCGCAUCAACACUGGAUAGCUUUAAACAGCGCCCGGCUAGUACAGUUAGAUGUGCAGAGGUUGGGUGUAACAGCUCAUUCGGUGUAAUAUAGUUACCGAAAAUUUGGGUAAGUUUCCAAUUUAGUAUAAGUGUUGAAACAUUCAGCCUUUAUUUCAUAAUGACGUUUACCAUCACAGGUGAACUGAAGAUUGUCAGUUAAUCCCGGAAACAGAGUCAACAUUUUACCUUUUUACGUCGAAUCUAGCAACAUUGAUAGAAAAUUACGCAAAAAAACUACGAAUUCGAAAGGAAGUGCGGCCUAUAGUGGGGCGGGGAAUUUCCGGAGCAGCCUUCGUAACCCCUGCUUCGCCUAUUGAGUCAGUUAGUCAAAUUUGCCUAAGCUUGAUAUUUAUUAUGACUUAGGGAGAAGAGAUGCUGCUGCAAUGAGCGUUGGUUUAGUGAGUAAAACUAAUUAAAAAGUCAUAUACCACAUCCAAACUCACCUGUCUUCUGGAGUACUCGAGCUUCCCCCAGCAUUGCGUAAGCAGUCAGCAACGCCAAGAAGAUGUCGAUCCGUACGGCCAUGGCGUUCUACUACGUUUGGCAGUACAACUCGGGCUUAAUCGAAGAAACCUAAAUGCUAUGUAUUCUGCAAACUUGGAUCGGAUGAAUGCCCUGGGUUCUACCUGGCCACGACUUUUCUUUACACAGAUUUGAGGAACUUAUGUUUACUCUUAAGUUCCUCUUCCAAUGAGGAAGAAGCUACAGGAAGUGUAUUGUAAAGUGGAACUCAUCACGAGAUACUUGGAACGUUACAGUUCAGCGGAAGAAAACUAUAUAUUAUAGCAUGACGAAUGAGUGGGCGAACUGUACCCCAAGGAAGUUGCAGUCAUAUGGUUCUGAGUUUAAGCUUGAUUGAGCAAACAUUUAUGAGGAAGUUUGUACA